UUUACGAAACGGGCCUCAGAAUCCAAACCCGAAAGCGAAUCCGUUUUCAAGUUAUUUUGAAUCCAUUAAGAUAGGGUACAAAAUUAAUGCCCGAUCCGAAUCCGAUUUAAUAGAAUGCCCAUCCUCGGAUCCGGAUUCGGAUCUUCAUACAAAAUAUUAAUUAUAUGGCCCAAAAAUAAUUAUCAUUAUUGUACAAAAGAUUUAUGACGUCACGAAGGUUACGGCCCAACUAGCGUCCACGGGUCAAAGCCCAAAACACUCCCCAGAAAACAUAUCAUCCGUCGGAUCCAAAUCCGACGGUAGAGGGCGACUGGUUGAGUCGGAGCCGGCAUUUUAGGGUUCUAUUUCCUAGGCACGGCGAUUACUCGUCCCUGCAGUCGACAGCUGCCCUUUUCGUGGAGGUCCCGGAUUGCAGUAGGAAAGAGAUACACGUCUGAGCGAUGAGCAAUCGGCUCGGGAGAGAGAGCGCGCGCGUGUGGCGAUGGAUGUGAGUCCGUCGUCUUUUGGAGACGCUUUGGCUACGGGCGACUGCUUGGCUGCUACCUGGGAUUAUCACGAGAUCUUUCUCCAGCAGACGAUCGAGGACUUGAAGCACAAGCUCACCUGCACCAACAUGGAAUUGGAGGCGCUGCGGACCAACGCCCACGAAGAGCUGCAGAAAGCCAAGGAAAGCAACCAGCAAUUGAUCGAACUCCUCGAGCUACGAACCUCCGAGAGAGACGAAGCGAGAAACCAGCUGCAGCUCCUGCUGAACCAGAUCGGACAACCGAGCCUCGCCGGUCUCCCUCGAGUGCUUCCCAAUCCUCCAACCGAUGCUUCUCCGUUGCUGCAAGCGAUCGGCAGCUCCAACAUCUCCGACAGCCUAUCCGAGACAGCCCACCCUUCGCAGCGGUACGUUUCGUCUCCGGUCGAGUCGUUCGUCGACGCCACCUCCGUCAAUUCUCCGGAGCUCUCGACCGGGAACAUGGGCGAUUCCUCGAGGGGGGCGUCGUCUUCCAGCAUGGGCAAGUAUGAACAAGCCUCUGCUGUAACUGAUAGCCUCGCCAUGAAGGGGAAUCGACCGGAAAGAGGCAGGUUUGUGCAAGCUGUGCUGCAAGCAGGGCCGUUGCUGCAGACUCUUAUGGUGGCGGGGAAGCUGCCGCAGUGGCGCAAUCCUCCCGCACCCCUGCGGCAUCUACAAGUUCCUUCGUGGCCAUGAUCCCAACAGACCAUGCCUGUCAUAGAGCUUCUCAGAUUUGCUGUGCUGUUCCUGUGUGGAAUUUUUCAUGAUGCAGCUUGAUUCUUCUCUCUCUCUCUCUCUCUCUUCUGAUGGAACAAUUCAGAAAAGUUCUCCCUUUGUUUGCUUUGA